AUGAAUUUACUCGAAACACCAUUUUCUCGACGUAGUAAAAGUAACAAACGUCAGAUAUUAGAUGACGGUCGUCCUGUAGUUUCUUUACAUAAUUUAAAUAUAAAAAAUUCUAAUUCUAAGAUGUGUUCUCGUUCUUUUAAGGAAUCUUGGUAUGAUUCACACAAGUGGUUAUGUGGUAGCUUUUAUGAACAGCGGUUGUAUUGUUGGCCUUGUGUUUUACUCGGUAAAGUAAAAAAUGUUUGGUCUUCUGAUGGUUAUUUUGAUUUGAAAAACUUGUCAAGAAGUGUAAAAAAACAUGAAGCAUCAAAAGACCCUAUAAAUAACUUCAUUGGGUUGGUCCGGUUGGAAAAAAAUAAAGGAACAAUUAUUGAUGCCUUAAAUGAAGGUUCUCGUUUAAGCAAAAUAUUGUAUAACGACAAUGUUAGAAAAAACAGAUUAGUGUUGUUACAAAUAAUUGAGGUUGUAAUACUAUUAGGUAAACAAGAGUUGGCUUUUAGAGGUCAUGAUGAGAGCACUUUAUCUAUUAACCAGGGAAACUUUCGUGAAAUGUUUAAUUUGCUCAUUAAACAAAAUGCUGAGUUAUUAUCUCAUUAUGAAAAAAUUAGCAAUGUUUUUACAGGCCAAUCAAAAACAAUUCAAAACGAAAUUAUACACUGUGUUUAUGAAUACAUAAUUGAUGUCAUAAAAUCUGAAAUUAAUGAUAUUCAUUUUUUUGCUGUUAUAUCAGACGAUACAACUGAUAUUGUGGAAAAAUUUCAAUGUGCAAUUACUUUGAGAUAUGUAAAAAAAACUGGUGAGUUAAAGGAGAGUUUUUUAGGUUUUCAUGAUGUGAGUAGUAGCAAAACUUCUGAAUCUUUUUUUAAUUUAAUAACUAGUGUAUUAGAUCCAUAUAAUUUUAGAACUAAGUUGAUAGCACAGUGUUACGACGGGGCCAGCGUUAUGGCUGGCCAUGUUAGUGGUCUUCAAAAAAGAAUUAAAGAUGAAGCACCAAAUGCUGCUCUAUUUACUCAUUGUUGUGCACAUCGGUUAAAUCUAGUUUUACAACAAGGAAGUUAUUGUGUGCCCCAAUAUCAAAUAUUUUUUGCAACCCUUUUAGGAAUAUCUGUAUUUUUUAAAAAGUCUCCAAAACGAACAUUUGUUUUAGAUACAAUUAUUGGCAAGCGUAUACCUAUAGCUAAUGAGACUCGCUGGUGCACACGAUCAAACAUUUUAAAUUUUGUUGUUUCAAAUUUAGAUAAGUUAUUAGAAGUAAUGGAAUGUAUUAGAGAUAAUCCAGAGUCAGGAAUGGAGUCUAUAAAUGGAGCUAAAGGUUUUAUAAAUAGCUUAAAAAAAUUUGAAUUUGUAUUUUUCAUGAUGAUAUAUAAAGACAUUUUUAAUAUAACUGAUACAUUAUUGUUGAAAUAUACAAUUAAUAUUAGUAUUCAAACCAUGUAA